AGUUUUACUUUCUAUCCUUCAGGGAACAACCCAUCUACAGCACCCGAGCUCACGUCUUCCAGAUUGACCCAAACACUAAGAAGAACUGGGUUCCCACCAGCAAGCAUGCUGUUACUGUGUCCUACUUCUAUGACAGCACAAGAAAUGUCUACAGGAUAAUCAGUUUGGAUGGCUCAAAGGCAAUAAUAAAUAGCACUAUCACCCCCAACAUGACAUUUACUAAAACAUCCCAGAAGUUUGGCCAGUGGGCAGACAGCAGAGCGAAUACAGUCUAUGGCUUGGGAUUUUCAUCUGAACAUCACCUUUCAAAAUUUGCUGAAAAAUUUCAGGAAUUCAAAGAAGCUGCACGACUAGCAAAGGAAAAGUCCCAAGAAAAGAUGGAGCUAACAAGUACACCCUCUCAAGAAUCGGCUGGAGGGGAUAUUCAGUCUCCUUUAACACCAGAAAGUAUUAACGGGACAGAUGACGAGAGAGCGACGCCGGAGGUGACGCAGAACUCAGAACCAAGGGCUGAACCAACCCAGAACGCAUUGCCAUUUACCCAUAGUUCGACAAUCAGCAAGCACUGGGAGGCAGAACUGGCCACGCUGAAGGGUAAUAAUGCCAAGCUCACAGCAGCCCUGCUGGAGUCCACUGCCAAUGUGAAACAAUGGAAACAACAACUUGCUGCGUAUCAGGAGGAAGCAGAACGUCUUCAUAAGCGGGUGACUGAGCUAGAGUGUGUGAGCAGUCAAGCCAAUGCAGUCCACACACACAAAACAGAAUUAAACCAGACAAUACAGGAGUUAGAGUCUACGCUGAAGAAAAAAGAAGAGGAAAUAGAAGGAUUGAAACAAGAAAUCGAAAAUGCCAGAGAGCUCCAGGCACAGAGGGAUUCUUUGACCCAGAAGUUACAGGAAGUAGAAAUUCGAAACAAAGACCUGGAAGGCCAGCUGUCUGAUCUAGAGCAACGUCUGGAGAAAAGUCAGAAUGAGCAAGAAGCUUUUCGCAAUAACUUGAAGACACUUUUAGAAAUUCUUGAUGGAAAAAUAUUUGAACUAACAGAGUUACGAGAUAACUUGGCCAAGCUAAUAGAAUGCAGCUAAAGAGAAUGGGAUUUCAGUGCCAAUCAGCUUAAAGAUGCACUGUCUCUCUUCAUAGGACUGUGUUGGGCUCUGCAUCAAAGUUGCACAAAAAAAUUAGAAAAUGCUCCUCUGAGAGGGCUUGUUUUAAAUUUAAGUCGUAUUUCAAUUCAGAACUCAGCUUGUAGCUAGUUGAAGAAAAAAAAACAAACAAAAAAACUUGAAUUACAAAUUACCUCCUUGUACAUUAUUGGCCAUAGAUAACUUGAAAGAUAUUAACAGUAAUUGAAUGCAAUCCUUUUCUAAUUAUCAGUGAUGGAGGAAUUAGCAGUGUCCCAGGUCACAUCCCCCUUUUGUGAUAGACACAACAUAGGUUAUCUGCUGUUUUAUUUAUUUAAGAUAUUUAAUUGCUCUGUUUUGUGCAAGAAUUUAGUGAUGACGGCCCUGUAUUUUGUUGUUCUUAAUAAUUUCUCAGGAUACUUUGCACUGUGGAGAAGCAGUGCCAUUACCAAUUUAUUCUUGCCAGGAGUGAGAGAGAGUUGCAUCUUUAAUUGAAACAAAGCUACUAUAACUGCUUGUAUAAAGUUCUUCCUUUUGGGGUUUUUUUUGGUUGGUUGGCUGGUUGUUUUUUUGUUUUUUAUAUAUAUAUAUCUAAUGGAAGAUACCGUAUUUCUUUAUGGAGCUUACUCUGGUGUUCUACAAUAUUGUCCAAUGUAAGGUUUACUUUUUCAUAUGAAUUCCAUGUAAUUACAGUGAGAUACUAUCUUCCACUUAACUAUAUUUUGAAGCCAACCAAUGAUGGAAGGUGAGUCCCCCAGGAAAAAAAAAAAAAAGGGAAAAAACCCUCUGAGAAUUUUAAAUGUAAAAUUUGACAUGCACAGAUAACAAGGAGUAGCCAGUCAUUUGUUUUCUGGCCUUGAUACAUAUAUCGAAUAUGUAUGUUCAAUUAACUGUUAACCUGUUCUGCAGGAGACUUUUUCAGAAUGUCACAUGCAUUUCAGGUUUUGUGAAUAAUGACUUAUGGGGAGCAUUGUUUUAUUACAGAUUGCAUUAAGGGCCUAGAGCUAUUGCAAGAGAUUACUCGUACACUGAACUUGUCCAGCCAAGAAAGCUGUUUCUAGAAGUUUUGUUGUCAUAGCAAAUUGAAAUGGAGACGUUUACUCUUUUAUGGGUCUUCAUAUCACAUCUUUAUUGAAACUACACCAGGCAAUAUUCUGAACUGUUAACUAAAUAUUUAAAAACAGGAAAUUGAAUUCAAUUAUCCUCAGUGAGCAGGUUUUAAAGUUGUUUUGAUGUAAUUUUAACAGACUUUUGGCAAACACACAUUUCUUUAUAUAAUAGAUUUAUUUAAAAAAAAACCAACACCUCUUUGAAAGGUAAGCCAAGUGUCAUGUGUCUUGCAUCAAAGUACAUUCUUGCCAUAAAUUGCUUGUAAUGUUGAAGAGGGCUUUUUUAAAAUGUAUGAAUGAGUGUCAGACUUUGGAGUCAAAGAUGCACGGACCUUUGUUUGCUCCCCAAAUUAAUUUGAAUGUUAAACAUGAAAUCUAGCUGCUUAUUAAAUUUGUACAACACAAUUUUCUCCACUUAGAGACUGCUAUUCAAAACUAGAAAAGAUAAGUUUGUUUUCAUGUGUGUACUGUGUGUAUAUACCAUAUAAUACACACAGGUUCUCAUUUAUAUUAGAAAUACAUGCUUUAUUUCUAAAAUACCGGGUUUUUUCUUUACCAGUGAUUUAUCAGGUCUCCCCUGACUAGUCAGGAAAAUGGUUUAGGUCAAAUGCUAAACCAUCAUGUAUUAUACUGUAUGUAAUGUACACAAUGUUUAAGUUUCCUCCAUAUUUUUAGGGUAUUUUCUCACCUAUUUUAUUUAUUGAGGGGAUGGGGGGAGCUUGGUUCAGCGUGCUACUGGUUGAAAACUUUGUGGUGAUCUACAUGUUUUUCGUUCAGUGGAUUUUAGAUGGUGGUGUGUAUAUCUUCAUCAGGUCCAUAUGAGCAAAUAUAACUAGUUUUUAAUUUUCUUGGGGAUGUUUGGGCCUGAUUCUCCUGUCACUUGUGCUGCUGUAAACCACAUGUGUCCUUGAUGUGAUGUCAGCAUCAUUCAGUUGGCAUCUGUGGAAGUGCAAGGAGAACCUGGCCUCUUAAUGCUCAGUGGACUUAAUAAAGAUGAAGAAAGAACAAAACCACAGAAAGUUGUUGAUGGAAUAAAUGUAAUAUUAUUUUUAAUGAUAUUAUUAUUGACAUUUUUAAAGAUAUGAUGUCAUUUACAUGUGGGGAAAUAGUGGACAGAAAUAUUUCCACUUAAAUUUUGUGAAUAUGUGUGGUACAUGAGUAUUUCUAUGUAUACGUACACACACAUAUGUAUAUACAGAACAUGGAACAAUUUAGAUGUGCACAUUUUUAAUAUUUUCCUAUUGAAAUUAAAUUUAAAAUUGGAAAUUGAUAUUUGAGAAUUUCUUUUCUCAUAGAGUAGAUAAGCUUCAUUUCUUUUUUUUUAAAUAAUACAAUUACUGAGGGCUGCACCUUUGAAUUCCCAAAUAGUUGCCAAACAUAAAUAUGGGAUAAGGUGGACAUACGUGCACAUAUAAAUAAAAUCCUAUUGCUAAGACUAUUUUUAAUGUUUACAUAUAGUAGGUGAGUGUUUAGAAAUUGUGACCUAAAGUUCAUACUUAGGUGACUAUACCUACUGUAGCCUCUCCACUUCUGUUUUAAGAUAAGUUUGCCUGUUUUAAACAUUACUUUCCCAGAGACAGGUGUUAUACAUUGUAUCUCUCUUUGAUGAAACUAUGGGAAUAUGGAUAUGAGAAAACAGUGUUUUGAGUACUGUAGCCUGAAUAUAUGACCAUGAACUUGUACUGGAGGGGAGAGCAAUCACAUCGCAUAUAACUUGUUAUAUGGCAACUACAGUCUUGUAAAGAAAAAAAAAAGACUUACCAAAAAAUCUAACAGAAAUACCCAACACCGACAUAAAAAAAAAAAAGAAAAAAAAUAAAUAAAAAAUACAGGUUUUUAUUUUGAAGUACACUUGCUGUUCUCUGGAGAAUGUACUUUUACUCGUUUUUUUUCUUAAAUCUUUUUCAAGUAUGUGCAAGUGAUAGCAGCAGCUACCUUAAUCUAUCAGGUGCUACUGGAUUUUGCAUUAGCGUGUUAUGUUGUGAAAUCCUAACUUUGACAUAAAAGAUUUUUGUAAGUAUAUCCCCGUCUGGAUAGUUAGUUUUUGGAGUGUCUUGUUCAUAAUCCAUAUGCCUCAAUGAUCCAGAAACUGCAUUUUUCUAUGUGGAUGAAGUAAAACAUGUGAAUUAAUCUGUCUGUUACAGACUAGGAAUUCCUUUUCCUGGCUAACAUAUCCAGGAAAGAGGAAAACAACAUAUGAACUGAUAAUGCAGAAAUGCUGUUAUAAGGUCUCUAAGAAAAUACAUUUUCAGGUAAAAUAUAAAUAAAUAAAGGGCUAAUCCAGAUGUAACACAAAUAAGUAUCGUUUAAUGCUAUUGGUGGCAGUCCCAGGAUAAUUCCUUUAAAGAAAACCCUGCAAGAAUGAACAAUGCGUCAAUUAAAGAUUAAUAUUUUGGGAUGUGUCUUUUCAGUUGUCAAUUGUAAAAAUUUUCCAAUUUCUGCUCAUUUUUCUACCAGUUAGGGAUUAACACCAAGUUUACCUUCAACAACAGGCUAAACCUCAAUUUGUUCUAAAUCUUUUAUAUUCUGUACUGAAGUGGCUACUGAACAGCAGUCUGUGAACACCGCAUUCGAAAAUCAAAGUCAAAAUCUUUUUUGGAAAUACCACAUGGAGAGAGAGGAAUGGAAAACUGCUGCAGACCCUAAUUCUCUGCAGAACGGUGGAUGUCAGUAAAAGCGCUUAAUUUGGUUGAUUGCAGAAGUCAUGGAUCUUGAGGCCAAAGAUAAAUCUGAUUGGGGAUUAGGUCUGGAUGUCAAAAGACAAUUUAAAAAAAAGGACCGUCAAGAAAGCCCAUCCAACAAACGCAGUUCAGUCUCAGUAACUGGACAUGCUAGUUAAGUGCACAGCUAUACACUGAUUAUUUUCAGGAAAUGAACGUGACUCUGCAAAGCAAUGUUCAGAUUGUCUUGUUUACAUUUUCUUCGUAAUGCUGCAUAUGUGCACUACCUCUGAAUGGUGCUAAGCAGAGAACAUAUCACGGAGCAACAGAAAUUUUUUUAAAAUCUCUAUUUUUUGCUUAGUAGCAUUAGUUCCUUGUUUUACUCCACUUACUUCAGAAACAAAUAGGAUUAAUUUUCCCCGUUAUGCUAAACGUUUGGGAUCAAUGAGCAGAGUUGUGUUGUGUUAGAUCCUGGAGUCAGUUCAGCUCACGCCCGCUCCUCUGGCUGUGCAGCGUAGCCAGAAAGGAGGGGCAGCUUCACGAUACUUGCAAUACCUCUAGAUACUGUAGGCAGAAGUGGGUUUUUCACACCGUAAGGGGGUCUCGUAGCUUGCUCGCCACAAUCUCUCAGGGACCUGUAGCUGCCGGUGCUGCCGCCGCGCUGCUGGCGGCUCACCCUCGGACCAAAGACACACGAGCGUCAUUUACACCCACUUCCUCCCCCGACGCCGGGUCUUGCACGAGCAAAGCUCAGCCGCAAAAGUACGUCUGGCAGUUUGUGUCACUUUCAGAUACAGGCACGGGACAGCGAAGAUGUUUGAGCUUCGGGGUUGGGGGGAAACAGAAGAGCUGUCAAGAAGAUUCCCUUCCAUGGAGGCGGCAGGGAGAGUGGUUUGCACAGCAAAGGACAGGCCACCUGAGCUGCCGGCAGCGACAAGAGGUUUGUUAGAAAGGAUCUUGCUCUCCUUAGGAAUUCACAUCAUGCUAAUAUUGAGCACGCCUGGCUUGCCCCAAAACUCUUCUCUGGUUGCUGUAGGCUUCUCUAGGUCAGCAUUAGGAGUGUUUUCCAAGAACACAGCCCAAGUUCUGGCAGCCUGCAAACCCCGCGUCCUUUCAGUCUUCUAUCUUCACAACUCCAGGGGUUUGGUGUCACUAAUGUCAUUGGCAGUGAUUGACGACACUCCCUGUUUCUUCCUGCCAUCAGUUCUGUCACUUGUGGUGUUUGUGUAACCAAGUUUUGAGCUGAGUCGCGGGGUUUUUCUUUCUUUGCUUUUAACUUCGAAAGUAGUUUUAGUCUGUCCCUGCUCUGGGGAUUCUCAUCUGCUCUCAUCCAGCAGUAUGUCAGCAGCUCUUGCUUCCACUAGAUUGAGAAUAGCAGCCUAGAAGUUUUCUUGGAAGACAACUUGCAUUUCUAUGACUGUGGCAAUUCUUGAAGAGGAAGAAUUUUUUUCCCAGUAGAUCGAGAAGGAGGCAGAGCCCAGGACCUUCACAAACAUUACCUUCAUCCAGGUGCUAAGGGGAGAGGAAAAGCUACACUGACAAGGUAUGUUUAAUCUGCGUGUGUGGACUUCCCCCUUUUGAGUUAAAUAUGGUCAUGCAGAUAUUUGCAAGCUUAAGAUUUUCAGAGAGGCAACAAGGCUUUUGGAAUUCUCUGAGUCUGGAUUGUAUUUUGUUAAACAGUGGCAGGAAUUUUCUCCAAAUGAAAGAAAUGGGAAGCAAAAUGAUCUGGUAGUUCCCUGCCAGAGGGACAUCGCAGCCCUGGGCUGUGGAUGGAAAUGUAAAAAUUAAAUCUACUUUCUCUGCAUCUGAAUACGCUGUUAUUUUUAUGACUUCAGCUGUGUUGUUUCUCAGGAGGAAUCCUCAGCGAUGGGAACUGGAAUUCCGCCCGUGGAAGGCACAGCUCUCAAAUCUUUGACUUUCCCUUAGUGAGGAGGAGGAGCCGGGACAGUGAUGUUUAGUUGGGCGGCUGAAGUCGUGCCUGGUGUGAGCCCCCUGCAGCGAGUCCCCGCGGCUGUGCCCUGCGGGGCUGCGUGGCAGCGGCCCCACGCGCAGCCGCGCUGGCUCUCUGCCCCACAAGCCAUCCCGCAGGGCUGGUUGCCCUUUGCUCUGAAGCUGCUGGUUCGCACCGUAGCCCCGUCGCAACCAGCUGGGGCCUUUUGCUCCAAACCAUGCCACACAUUUGGAGAUUUGGUUGCAGGGGGAGAAAACGGAGGGGAAAUGUCAUUCUGCAGAUCUGAAGUGAGCAAUGUGCUUGUUUGAUAUAAGCACCUUUCCCCUAGCUCUUUGAAAGAAAAAGAAAUUAUGAAAGCUUUGUUUAGGAUGGUUAUCGUUACCAUUUGAACCUACAAGUUAAAACUUCUUUUAUCCUAUAUUUCUCGUAUUUUUCCUUUUUUCUCUCUGUGUUCUUUUCUCUUGCAUGACUUGGGGAAGCCAAGCACGUGUUUACAAUAAAUGCAAGAAAGUUCUAAACUGAUUAUGGAACAAGAUACACAAACAUCCAGUGUCCUGCUCACUGGGCAGGCACAUCAGCAACCCAAACAGAAAAAAACCCACGUAAGAGAUAUCUGUAGGUGUGGGAUGCUCUUUGUUGUGCAUGACCAUCCCUUGGCCUCAGCAAAGGAGUCGGCCAGCCAAAGAAGCCAAGAGAAGAGGCAGUGAGGAAGCACCGGGGAUGUUCUAAGCAGGCGUUACUGAAGCAUGCCACGAGGAAGUAUUUUGAAUCAAAGCUGGCUAAAACAGAGAGCAGCGCAAGUACUUUCAGAAAACAGGAGCCUAUAUACUCUUUAUCGAUGAUGACUGCAUUGCAGAAAUAGAAAAUUCCCAUAAGGCAUGUUUAACUCCUCAAGUCAAAAUACAGUAAUGUGUCAGGAUUGGCAGGCUGCUUUCAGAAGAAACUGAGCUGAUUUUUUUUUUCUGCUAAAACAAAGGAAUCCUAUACCAGGCAGCAAAACUUCCCUCAAGCCAGAGGAUUCUUGUCAUCAGCUAGGGUAGGAGACAGAUCUUUUGCACAGGAAUUAAAGCAACAUUUUGGAACUUUCCUGAGAACACUAGUGAAAAAGAUGAGAGCAGAUCUCUGCUGCCGCGUGCCUGACUCAGUCUGGGACACCUAGCUACAAGACUUACCAUCUGGAUGGGCAGGAUGGGCAGGUAGCGAACUCUGCUAUAGGUUCAAAGGUUUUUAAGGGAAUUGAGACACUUUGGCCAAAUUGAAUAAAGUAAUGAAGCUGUGACAAGGACAUAACACACCUAAAAAUAAAAUGCAGGAGGAAUUAAGGCCUCACAGAGCGCAGCAGCGGUCAGCCCCAUAGCUGAGCCAACCAACCACGCCAGGGACUCUUGGUAGGUCCAAACAUGUAAUCGCCUCUGGAACCCUGGCGGGGAGGAGGGUUUGCUCACAGGAUAAAAGCAAACAAGUUAACCAGCCACUGAGGCUGGUUUUACAGCUUAGGAGUAGCUACUAGGUGCCUGUGGAAUUUACUGUGACGUUUUAAGUCUUUUGAUAUACCGUGCCAGAAAAAGGGAGCUGCUACUUCAGGAAGUUGUAAGAUGACCUCCAUGACCCCCGUAAGCAUAGUUCUGUGUCUUAAAAUGGAUAAAAUCUGGGGUGUAGCUACUUGGAAAAUAUUUAGCAGGUGACAGUGGUAUGCCAAGGUAUCAGGCCUUCAUCAGCUGGAAGGUCUUGACAGGUGUAAGUGAAGAAAAUCUAAUUUAAAGUAUUUCAGUGUAUUAGAAUUUUAUUUUUUUUUUAAGGGAACCCCAUGACUUGCUACUACAUUAACCUGUUGAUGGGCUAACAGAAAACAUCUCCGUGUCCUUUUGGGAAACAGCUUGGCUCCUUCCCCUGGGUGAGCUCCAAAGGAGGCAGGAACUAAAUUCUGCAUUCAGUCACUUAACCAAGCUGGUACUGACAGUACCAAACACUCUCUUGUUCAGAAGCAUCCUUGAAACCUUGAGCAUCCACUAAGGACUGCAGGAGAUUUGUGUCCCAGGGCCUUGAAAGGCUCUAUCAAUCAAGCCUGAUUCACUAAUGCUACCUUUUACUGGGGAAGAGUCCUGCACUCCUCCUCUCUUUUCCCAGAAUGGAUUAAAUAGGAGUAGACAUGCUCCAAGAGUCACUCGAUAGCCUGUGGCUUUUCUGGAUCACACCUGCUGGCCAUGGGGACCCGAGGAAUGGCCCAUGAAUGGCCAAACCUCGCAAAGGCCAGCAGGCUGACCCAAAGAGCGCAGUUCAAUUUAAAGCUGAGUGACAGAGCAAGGCAGGGUGGGGGUGAUGGGACUCAUAAAACACUGCUGCAGAGCGGGUGGAAGUGAUUUGUUCAUAGAGCAGUGGUGAGCAGAAGAAGUAAUGACCUUAUGUUUCAGCUUUGUUACUAAGAGAAGCCUGCAAGCAGUAGGCACUGCAAUGCACCGCUUGGAGAGGCUGUGACCUUCCGUCAGUAGAAACCUUCAGGAAAUUAUUACAAGAAUGAUACAGGUGUGUGUGCUCCAGCAACAAAAGGACAGGAUGUGCGAUUAAUUUUUUUUUAUAUUCUUAAUUGUAUUUUUUAAUGCCAAUUCAAGACUUUUUUAACAUGUCCUUAGAGUCCAAGAGCAGUGCGCAAUGGUUUCUUUGUCAUGUUGUUUUUGCAGGACUCUGUCCACUCCAACAGUCAUUUUUACUCACAACAAGUGAGUGUGGGGGAGAAAAAGGCCAUCACUUUAUGAUGCUUCAUAUGAAGUUGAUUCAUAAAACAUUUGUGUUGUUUAAUUGUGCAGUAAACGUGCAUGGCAGUUUGAGCAUGCAUUGAUGAUUUUGUAUAUGGUAAGAGCUCAGUUACAUUCCUACUGAAAUUUAAUGGGAUUAAAAUAAAGAACUGAGGAAGAAAAAGCAUAGUUAAUAUAAA